UUGUUUAAGGAUAUGACACGUCCAAACUCAGCAGCGUCGUUUGCAACGGUCUUGAUGUUGAUAGCCGUGUGUAAGGGUAAUCAUUUUCGCGGCGGAACUAUAAGCUGGAAGCCAACAGAAAACAAUUUAGAGGUCGAAUUUACAUACAAGUUGGGUUGGAGGGAGGGUCGCGGUGCUGGAUGCACAAACGCAUUAGUGGGCCAGUAUGUUAACGGAGACACCUAUGAAUGGGUCUGUACAGCAGGAUGUGGCCGUAGCACCACUAUCUCCUCGGCUGGUUACAUUUGUAGUUCAGCAAGUAUAACACAUCGCUGGGAGUACGGAGAAUAUACGUUCACAUACACGUUUCCAAACACCGGAAAAUUUACAGUACAAUUCAGUGAUUGCUGCUGGAUAAGUCUAGAUUAUGGUUCAGGAGGAAAUGAUGAUUGGAAUAUUGCAACCGAGGUGGAUUUAAGAACAAGGUCAGAUACAGGAAGACCAAAUACAAGUCCAAUUUACACCGGAUUUCCGCUAUACAGUAUCAAAUCUGGAUGUACUACAACGAUAAAACUUCAAGUGUCUGAUGCGGACGGUGACAACAUACGUUGUAGAUGGGCAAACGGCAUUGAGUGUGAUUCCGCUUGCAAUGCAAUUCCUUAUGCUGUAUUAAAUGAGAGUGCGUGUACGUUGACAUUAAAUGCAAUUCACAAAGCAGGAGGAAUAUAUGCAGUAGCUAUUAUGAUCGAAGACAGACCUCUCUCGACAAUCAGACUGGAUGGAAGCACAUACACAUCUACAGAUGUUUUGUCCAGUGUACCUGUUCAGUUUUUGGUCGAAACUCCAGACAUCCCUUCACGACAGUGUAAUGACAGACCCCUAUUCGUUGUUCCAACACCUUCAGGAACUGUUGAUAUAGAUGUUCAAGCUGGAAGUCAAUCCGUAGUCGCCUACUUUGUAGAAUCACGCGGUGCUACCUUAGAAUCAUUUGAUUUAGCUGGACCUCCUGGAGUCCAAAAAUCUACAAUCAGUUCUGUAGCCGGACAGUCGGAUAUGUAUACAUUUACUGUCACAUGGACUCCUUCUAAUACUCAAACUGGACGACACGCAUUUUGCGCGGUCGCAACUGAUUCUUAUGGCAUUGAUACCGGCUCGCACUGUAUCCAGAUGAAUGUAUUAGAUGUGAAUCCAUGUGAUAGUGAUCCAUGUCAGAAUUGUGGCACUUGUACACGUGUCGGUACUACAUCUGCUUUCACAUGCGCUUGUGCUGACGGUUACACCGGGGUAUUAUGUGAAACUGAAUUGAAUGAAUGUUUGAGUAAACCAUGUCAGAACAAUGCUACUUGUACAACUAUUGUAAAUGGUUUCUACUGCACUUGUUCUGCUGGCUUUGAGGGUAUACUCUGUGAGAAAGAUGUGGAUGAAUGCAAAGAUAGGCCUUGCAAAAAUAACGGGAAAUGUUUUGAUCACGUGAAUAAAUUCACAUGUUCAUGCCCACCAGGUUUUACCGGUUCUAUCUGCGAAAUAGAUAUAGACGAGUGUAUAAGCAGACCGUGUUUAAACAAUGGAACUUGCAAUGAUGCAGUUAAUGGUUACAGUUGUACCUGCAGCCCAGGUUUUACCGGAUCUGCUUGUGAGAUUGACAUAGAUGAAUGUCAAAGUACGCCAUGUUUGAACAAUGGAACAUGCCAUGAUCUAGUAAACGGUUAUACUUGUAAAUGCGUGCCAGGAUACUCUGGGAUUGUUUGUCAAACAGACAUAGAUGAAUGCAAGAGUGGACCUUGUUUUCACAAUGGGACAUGCUUUGAUCUGAUCAACAGCUUCUUUUGUGGUUGUGUCCACGGCUACAGUGGAGAUCAGUGUGAAAUAGAUACCGAUGAGUGCGUACACGGUCCUUGUUUAAACGGUGGGAAUUGUACUGACCAACUGGGCUCAUUUAGUUGUACAUGCCUACCAGGAUUCACAGGAGAAAUUUGCCAAACAGGCAUAGAUCCGUGCAAGUCUACACCUUGUAAGAACAAUGGGAUAUGUGAGAAUCAUAAUGGUACAUACUACACGUGCACAUGUGUCGAUGGGUGGGAAGGGGUGAACUGUGCAUACAGGAAGCAAGACGAAUCCUUUGUCAAUUCGUCUUACAUUGCCAGUUCACAUAUGCGUUAUUCUGAAUGUGACUGUUUCCUUGGGCGAGCAAAACAACAGCUAUGUUACAAAUACAAGAUCGGAAACAGCAUCGGCUUUGGUGCACUGGGAACAGUUCUUGGCAUUCUGACUGUCGUUGGACUUUAUGCUUUAUCCGAGUUUGUACUCAGUAAAAAAUUGAUAUGUUGUCAUGAGAAAGGAACAGAUACGGAAGCACCAAAGGUUGAUAAAAACUUUAGUAAAGACUCUGUAGAUGAACCCAGCGAAGAUAUUCCAGAUGUUCAAGAAAUUCCAAUUGUUAAAGAAAAGAAAGAUAAUGGAUUAAAGCCGCAUGUAGGUGGUCAUAAACACAGGAAAUGUUGGGCUUGUGAAAUAAAAUACAAUAAUGCACCUCCUCCAAGGUUUUGGUAAAAUGUUGAAGAACAAAACCUACAUGAAUAACUAUUUUGUUUAAAUGUUGUACACAGAAUUCAAGAUAUUUUAUUUUCUUUCUUUAUACAAUAAUUAUGCUUCAGGGCAAACACAGUGAACAGAUCGUCUACAGUUUUAGUUUCGUGUUUUACAAAUAAAUACUGCAUAAUGGAAGACAAAAUAUAUUAUGUGUAAUUUAUCUUUUAUCAAAUCUAUACUAUAUUGUUCUUCUGUAUCUUUUUCCGCCAAAGUACAUAUUAUCUAUACAUACAAUUGAUUGUGUUCUAUGAAGUACAUAAACAUGAAGUAUGCCUUAUGUCACUAUAACAUACAAUAAACGGUUGAGUAUUGCUAUAUUUUCUGGCCCGUUGUAAUCAU